UUUUCCUUUUCCUGUUCUCUUCCCGCGCUUUUCUUCUUCUGGUGACUCAGGAGGUCACAUGCUAGUUCGCACAAGCCAUGCGCAGCUGUGCUCCUUCGUGACCCCACCCUACAAAGCGCUGAGACUUGAGAUAAGCACUGGCCCACAUCUCAGUCUGCUGGGCACAGGGACCAGCCUGCAGGGCUGCAGCUAGGCUGUGAAAAGAUCUGGAGAGAGGGAAACUAGAAACCGGUUUUGAAGGACUAAGGACGAAGGAGGGAGGAGAAGGAAUUGUCUUGAACACAUAGCCAACUUUCAAAACUUUCUGUGGUCCGGGCCAUCAGCAGGAAGUGAUCAAGUCUUUCCCUCCCUUGGGCCUCCAGCAUCUAGAGGAGGAGCUAUGAGGCGGGCUGCUGCUGCUGCUGCUGCCAAAGUCCUUUCCUGCUACUUGGCCCUGCUGUGCCUGCUGUCUGUCUGUCUGUGUUCAGGGACAGAAGAUACAUGCUAUAUCCGUUUCAACUUCACUGUCAAGGAUCUUUCUUUACACUGCUAUGAAGGACAGUGUUCAGUGAACGGAAAACCUUUCCUUCAGUAUAAAGACAACAAGGCCAAGCCUUUGGGUAAUCUGGGAAUGGAGGUCAAUGCCACCAAAGCUUGGGAAGAUUUGACCGAAACCAUAAAAGGCCUUUUAGAAGAGCUGAAUAAAAAUCUACAUAACAUGAAAUCAUGGCCAGUCAAGACCAAGGGUAAUCAUAUCCUAGAAGGCACCCUGGUACUCCAAUAUGAACAAGGAAGACUCAGUGAUAGCUUCUGGACCUUCACCAUUGAUAGACAACAUUCCUUCCACUUUUAUCCAACAAACAAGUUAUGGGACCCACCUCAACAUAAAGCCAACAGUAUCAUAAGGGAAUUUGAGAAUAGCAUUGAUCUUGAAGACCAUCUCUCUAUGUUCUCCAUGGGAGAUUUCAAUAACUGUCACAAUAUGUUCUUAAAACUCUGGAAGGACGUGCCAAGAUCAACAAUAACAGCCCAGGAUAUAGCCCAGCUUACAUCUGCCAACACCACUUCAACUACAGUGAAUGGUACCUCUUCUGUACCUGACAGUCAGCAUUUAAAGGCAAACUGGAGUCUGUUUCUAUUAUUGAUAUUAAUUCGUUUUAUCAUCUAGUUGGCCAAGAGAUGGUACAAAAAUACGGGUGCUCCCUGCUGCUCCUCUUCCUCUGCAGUCUGAUCUGCAUCACCAGCUGUCGGGUGACACUUGAACAUUGCCAGUGACUUCUUCAGCAAAGGAAGCAAACAUAUUUCUGAUGGCAUCUCUGAAAUCUGACCUGUUGACUUCGGACCAAACUGGUGGGAUCCCAGGAGACUGAUGGCUGUCAGAGCCUCAUGCAUGAGGGCAUCAGGGUGCACUAGGCUGUUGCCAUUGGGGCCUUCCUCUUGCUCUAAUCCUUUUCCUUUCUCACUCUUGCCUUAUCAUUGUGGAGAUAAACCUGGGUCUGCCUCUAAAUUACACAUCACUUUCCAAAACAGGGCUUGCCCUAAGUGACUCCAUUUUACAAGCUGCAGGUGGCUGUCUCCUAAGUGCCAUGCAGACAAUGGAGGGCAUGAAACUUCACUUUAUACAGAGACACAUUUCAGCCCAGGGCCAUCGAUGACUCAGAGAGUGAAAUUACCAUAAUCUCAAAAGUAAGAAUAAGUCACCUGUACACUUAUCAAAAUGAGUUGGAAGCAGUGAGAAUCACAUGUACAUAUCAAAUUAUAUCAGAGAACCAACUCAAGGAUUUAUCUCACCCUCACCUAGACCCUAGAAGAAGCCACCUAACUCGCAAUAGUUAUGUCACCACAAACUUGCCCCCUGGCUGUCUGUGUGUCAGGGAACCUGCAGGCAGAGAACUCCUGGCCAUCUUAAGCCCUCAUCUCCGUCCACACUGCUAAUGUCUCCUCCUUGAAUCACUGUCUGACAGCUCAUCUGCUGCUCAUGCUAAUGUGGGUCUGCAUCUCACCUGCUGGAUCCUCAGUCCUGCACCUCACCUGUGCAGUUCACUCAGUGCUGAGGCUUGGUGCAGCCCUGCAGCCCUGCAGCUCUCCAUGAGCUUCCUUCGCAGCUCCUCUAACCUCCUGCAUUCAAUCUGUCUGUGUGUCUGUAAUCCCUCUGUCUCUGGCUCCAGUCUGAGCUCUUUAAACUCCAAUGGCAACUCGUUCACUCUUCUGCAGCCAUUCUGUGAUCUAAGGCCAUGAGAUAACUCUGUUGUGUUCAAUGUGUGAUCUGAGAGUUUGUAUUAGUAAUUACGACUGGAGACAGAGAGCCCAGGAUGGCCAGGAGCCAGUUGUCAAAGGUAAUCAGGACUACUUGUUAAUUACAGGCUGUGAAUUGGAUGGAGGUUGUAAGUUAAGGCAUAUAGAUUUUCCUGGCAUAGCUCACUGAUUUGGGAUUUCAUACUUCAUAGUAAAAUAACCCAGUGAGUAAAUAGUCCAUUAGCAAAGAAAUUAGAAAUACAUUGUUUUUCAAAUGAAUGCAGUACCUGAUUAUAGAAAAUUCAGCUUCCCUACCAAACCCUGGUCAACAGAGACUAAACUUGCUCCAUUGACCCAAUGCCUGCCUCACAGCCCAGUGAAACUUCACACUCUUCAGUGUGACAUCUGAAUCACCAUAUUUGUUAGGAAGGGGAGAGGCUUACAUCUGUCUCCCAAGAGGAGUGCGUUAGCAAAAUAAAUAACGAAGCAGAAAUAGAAGUGAGCAAACCUCAGCUCACGCAUCUAUGAUUAUUAAUGUAUACGACGAAUAUAGAAGUAUACCAUACUACGAAUUCAUACUGUUCGAAAGAAAACUAAGAGAAAUAUGAGUGUUGGUGAGAAAGAUGAGUAACAGACUACGUAAUAGACAAAUCCUCAGACGGUGCUGCCUCUGAUGCAGCAUCAUCGAUCUACAGAGCCCGAAUAAACAUGUGACAGUAACAGUCCUAGACCAAUUGUCACUAUCUUGACAGUAGCAUAUGGGAGCAUAGCAAAGGCAUAGAUAUGUUACAUUCAGCAACUGAAAAUUAUACAUACGUUUCAGUGAGGAAUGAGGGACAAAGAGACAACUCAGUCAUACAGCGCUCAUGCUUUUUGAGAAUCUGAGUUCCCUCCCCAGAAUACGUGAACACUGUCGUGAUACAUGCUUGCAAUCUCAGCAUAGAGGACAGAGGGAAAGAGAGAGAGAAAGUGGGACAGAGGGGGUAGGGGGUCGAUUAUUGCAUCUCUGGGGCUUCGUCAUCAGAAGGAAUAGUUAAAUGGGUGAGUUUGGUGAGUUCCAGUACACACUGCCUCAAGACACCGUGGGCAUGGCGUCCUGAGUAGUGACAGCAAAAGGUAAUGUGUAGUACCCACAUGUACUAGUAUAUGAACAAACAUACACACAGGAAAAGAUACACACUAUGGACCAAAACACAGCUGAUGACUUCCUGAGAUGCAUUACUUGGGAGAUGGAAUGGGGCUUUUUAAAACUAGUCACGAGAUGUUACCUGUUCUUGGUUUCUGGGCCAUUUCAUAUUUGUAUUAUAAUAGAUAAAAGGGGCCCUGCUUGUGUCUUCUUAGAUGACAAGGGUCGUGACACCAUUGUUCAACCACUGUCCCAAGGUGCCGGAGGUGGUAGGAUUCACCCUCUAAUCAUAGGAGGUAUCAUGAGAAACUUAGACUCCAAGCACUAGACCCUGAUUAUUAAAAGAGGAUAUUUUGAUUUUAUUUUUGACAGAGGAACUCUUUGAAUCUGCAUUGCUGCCCUGAAAGAUGAGCAGAUUAUAUUGUGGACAAAUGAUGCAGACCACUUUCUCUUGGAAGGGCUUUAUUGCUGAGGAUAGGACAUUAAGAGCCCUGUGUGGGAAUGCUGAGCUCUUAUCGGCUCCUAAGACUAUACAACUUAUGACAUCAACCAACAAUUUGGAGAGGGAAAGGACCUUUGUGGCCUGAGUUGAAGGUCAGACUGUAACAUCACUCAGAGGUCAAGUGGUCCUCGGUGCUUACUGUAGGUGUUGGUGUAGAUGGCAGUGAUGGACAGCCCUGCCACAGCACUAACUCCAUCACAGUGACUUCUAAUCUAGACCAUAGACAUCAUACUGGAGGGUUAAGUGAGACCAGCCAAAGUCACCAAAGAGUUAAAACCAGAAAUAGGCUGUGAGCAGGAAUAAGUAAUUGUAGCCCACAGUGUUUAAAGGGGGAACUACCCUUUUGUGGUUUCAGCAUAGGCAGGAGGUAUGACCAUUGUGACUGAGGAGGAGAAAUCCUAGAAAUGCAGAAAUAAGGGGUUCAUAACUUGACAUAAAGACCUCAGAUUAUUGUUGGAAAAUAGAGUCAGGGGGUGUUUUAUGUAUGUUGUACCAAACUUUCACUGAAAUAAUGAACACGAGUCUCCACGAUGCUCCCAGGAACUAGCUGGUUGAGCCUUUGCAGGUUGAGUCCUAUUAACUCUUCAGAUGAACCCUCAGUGACAGGCCUUGUAACAACUACAGUUGGAGAGACGAGCAGGACCUGUUAGGACUGUUUCAGACAUCACCCAUGGCUUCCUUUGUGACCUGUGGAACAAAUUUAAGAUAAACUUAAUGCACUGGUUUAAUGACUGGAGAUUAUCCUAAAAUCGUGGAGUCAGAGUUUGAGCUGUGCUUAUCCUAUUGUUCCGUGGCAGUCUUGAGUAGCUGUCCAGUCAUAUACAAAAACACAAGAGUCUCUUCCCUUAGGGAGAGCUGAGUGUGGAGAAAAAUCUUCUGUACAGACAUCAUGGGUGUUGACAGACAUAGAGAUGGGAAUAAUUUACAAUUAAAUGACGACUAGUUGCUGCAAAAGGGUUGAUACAGAGUUUGGAAUAAUUCAAGAUCAUAGAUGAGAAUUAAUUAGAACGUGAGGGAGUUGGAACUUCAGUUCUCCCAGUUGAACCAGGUACUCUUGAGAAUCCUGGUUGUAGCUGGUAGAUUUAUAAUUUUAUAUUAUUCCUGUCUGUACUCUGCUGGGAUUUUAAGACCAUGUAGAUGCCAACAGCUUUCUUUUGUUGCUGGCAGUUUCUCUUUGAAGGUUAUUUUCAGGGGUGUUGGAGACAUUUAGGGGCCCUUUCUCUUUAGUUUCUUAUAUUCAUCAUUUUCUGGACAAGGAUAUUUCUAAGUGAAUCUGGGACUCUGGGGUCUCCAUAUCCUCUCUGAAGCUGUCAUAUUGUUUUAGAGCUACCCCACUGUCCUCGAUGCUAGGACAUGGCCAACCUGGAGGUGAAGGUGAAAAAUCUUUGCCCUCAGCCCAGCCCUUUCAUUCUCAUUGCUUUAGCCCUCUAGUGGUAGCCAUUGCAAUCUCAGAAAGACAGUUACACCAGACUUGCAGAACAAAUAGUGGUUUUAAUCUGUUUCAUAGCUUCAUGUGUGACCAGUUCACAGCCAAGGAUACAUAUGAAUAUCACCAAAUUAAAUUCAGGGAUUUCCUUAAAACAUCAGGAGGGAGUUUUGCAAAUAUAUUUUAGGAACUUGAUUGUGUGGUCCUCAAGCAUGAAUUAGAAGAUCACUUUGUAUCAUAACAUCAAAAGGUUAGAUACUUCAGAUGAAUACAUAUCGUAAAAACACAUAUUAAAUCAAUCUUAACUCUGAGAAGACUCCAUUGUUAGGAAGUUAAAGUUGUGACCCACUCAGUUAUCUUAGUAAACCAAACAUGUAAUGAAAAAGCUGUUUUAGAAACCCAUACCACUUUACAUUGAGUGUCCUAAGCCUUGUGACAUACAAAAACGUCUGCAUUUUCAACAUCUCUUACCCAUCGUGUAGAGUGAAAAGAACUUUUUGUAUGAAUCCCUCUUCCCAUGAGCUUAUUCUCGCCAUCAGAAAUGCAUUUCUUUGCUUGCAUCUGUUUAUGGGCUGCUUCCUUCCUUUGUUAAAUCCAGAUGUACUUCAGGUGUCUUGUUUUCCUGGAAGGUAUAAAACCAUGAAACAGCAAACAUCAUGUUUUGUCUUUUACAAAAUGGAAUUAGAUCCACAUUAUUAUCAAGUGUUACACUGUUACUUGUUAAUGUGCUUUUUACUAUCUGGCUUUAAUAACCAUGUGACAUUCUUUGUUAAAUGCUGAUAUCUCCUUUUGCUUAACAAAUUUAAAAUAAUUCAGGAUGUUAGAUUUGCUUGUAUUUCAUGAAUUAAAGGAAAUUUGAACUAA